AUGAGUAAAACUGAAAGUAAUCGUGGACAUACUCCUAGCAGAGGAUUUAGGAAGGACAAGCUGAUUGCUAGCAAACCAAGGUCUAGCACUUUCGCAACAAAUGUCGGACAGAACUACACUGAUCACAAGAAGAAAGUAUCCUGUCACUUCUGUUGGAAAGCACAUGACAUCGAUGACUGUGAAGCCUUCAAGCAAAAGACACUGAACGACAAACGUACUUACUUGAGAGAGAAGCACAUGUGUUAUGGAUGCUACGGAUACAACCACGCUGUCAAAGGAUGUCUAAGAAAGAGAAUAUGUAGGAAGUGUGGAAAACGUCAUCCAACAGCACUACAUGACGAUAACUUUCAAAUGAGACACAGCAGUCAACAUUCAACAGACACCAAGUAUCAAACAGAAGGCAACGGCAACCAAAAGGAUUUAACAGAAACAGUGUCAUCUUCUUGUAACAGUACCAAGUCUGACUCGGUGGAAACUGUGCUACAGUCGAUUCUACCUGUCAUCGUACGCCAGCAAGCCUUACAGCCUCAAAAGGUGAUUCCAUCAGAUGGGGAUGGUCCGUUCGCAGUGUUGUAUAAGCAUGGCUGGACGAUUAACGGGCCUCUACAUGUGAAGUUUAAUAGUGAGAGAAACACUCUUGUCUGCAACAGAGUCAUCCUUUGCGAAAAGAGUUCUGUGAAGGAAUGUCUAGCUCCGAGUACUAUCGUUAGGAUCUUCGAACGAGACUUCAGUGAGCAGGAUCUCGGCAAAGUACCAGGGGAGAAGGGCUAUUCAAGAGAAGAUAGGAGAUUUAUGGAGACAGCAGAGGAACAGGUGAAAUAUGUCAAUGGUCACUAUGAGCUUCCAUUACCAUUCAGAGAUGAUACAUUAUGUGCAAACAACAGGACUCAAGCACAGAGCAGAGCGAAAUGGCAAAGAAAGAAAAUGCUCCAGAAUGAACAGUACUACAAGGAUUAUGUAGGUUUUGUUGAUAAUCUCCUUGAAAAGGGCUUCGCGUACAAGAUACCUGAAGGUCAACUGUCAGCUGAAUCACAGAGAAUUUGGUAUCUUCCGCACCAUGGAAUCUAUCACCCCAAAAAGCCAACAAAGAUCCGUGUGGUUUUCGACUGCAGCGCCAAGUAUGAAGGAACAUCAUUGAACGACAGGCUUCUGCAAGGUCCAGACCUCACAAACUCUUUGAUAGGUGUUUUGACAAGAUUCAGAGCUGAACGGAUAGCAUUCAUGGCAGACAUAGAGUCCAUGUUUUACCAGGUGAAGGUGCCAGUGACUCAACAUGACAGCCUAAGAUUUUUGUGGUGGCCCAACGGUGAUCUCAACGCUGACUUACAGGAAUAUAGAAUGGGUGUACAUAUCUUUGGAGCAGUCUCCUCUCCCAGCAUAUCCAACUUUGCAUUGAAAGCCACAGCCAACAGGGCAGAAGAAAGGUUUGGCAGUCUCGUAGCUGAUGUAAUCAGAAAGAACUUUUACGUUGAUGACUGUUUAAAAUCUGUAGAAAAUGACAAGACAGCUAUAAAGCUAAUCUAUGACGUGAGAGCCGCAUGCGCAGAUGGGGGUUUCAAAUUAACCAAAUUCACUUCAAAUAGCAGAAACGUUUUGAAGUCAAUCCCAGUUGGUGAUCAUUCCAAAGAGAUUCAAACCCGUGACCUGGAUUAUGAUGAACUGCCAAUUGAACGUGCUCUUGGGAUGAAAUGGUAUGUAAAUACAGACACAUUUGGAUUUUCCACCGACUUCAUUGAGAAACCAGUCACACGUCGUGGUCUACUAUCCACGGUUUCAUCUCUGUAUGAUCCCCUCGGUAUCGUUACACCUAUCAUUCUUCCCGCUAAGCGGAUACUUCAAGAAUUGUGUGCCAACAAUGAUCUGGACUGGGAUGAUGAUAUACCAGGAAAGUAUGAAGUCUCAUGGAAAAAGUGGUUGAAGGAGCUCAAGAUACUUGAAACUCUGAAGAUUGAACGAUGCCUGAAGCCUGCUGAGUUCGGUAAAGUUGUAUCUAAACAGGUUCAUGUGUUCUCUGAUGCCAGCUCGGUAGGGUACGGCUGUGUAGCUUAUCUUCGGCUUUCUGAUGCUGAGCAAAAUGUCCAUGUUGCUUUUCUAAUGGGGAAAUCAAGACUGACUCCUGUGAAACCUGUGAGUAUUCCACGUCUCGAGUUGACGGCCGCUACAGUCGCAGUUCAAAUAGCUCAACUUAUGCUGAAAGAACUUGAUACAGAUAUUGAUAGCGUGACCUACUUCACAGACUCAACGACUGUCCUCCAUUAUAUCAACAGUGAGAAGAAGAGAUACCCAGUAUUUGUUGCUAAUCGUGUGAGAUUGAUAAGGGACUACUCUGGGCCAAAAGAUUGGAAGUAUGUAGAAUCUGAUGAGAACCCAGCGGAUAUAGCAUCCAGAGGAGCUAGCACAGCACAACUACUGGCGCAAUCAGACUGGUUUGAAGGACCACAAUUCCUCUGGAGAUCUGAAUCAGAAUGGAAUCUGAAGCAACCCGGACCGGCAGAAUCUGUUGUAGAGGAAACAGUUGCAACUACGUGUGUAUCACCAACCAAGAUGCAAUGUGAAGGGCUUGACACUUUGAUUAAACAUUAUUCAAGUUGGUAUCGUCUUAAGCGGGGCGUAGUCAUAUAUCUCCAACUCAUCAACAACAUCAAAGCUCGUAUCAGGAAAAGAAAAGGUAAAGUUGAAUCGGGGGUAUAUAACAAUAAACCGCUUUUCACAGUUGAGAAACUUGAAUGUGCAGAGAAUAUCAUCAUGAAGUUUGUGCAGUCCAAGAGUUUCGACAAGGAAAUCCAUGUACUUACAGCAGUUGAACGAGGCCGAGUACCGAAGCACAGCUCGGUCUACAAGCUGGAUCCAUUCAUCAACAAUGGAAUUCUCAAAGUAGGUGGCAGACUCAGCAAGUCUCAGAUCCCAGAUGAAAUGAAGCACCAGAUUCUUCUACCCAGCAAACAUCAUGUCACAAGCCUGAUCAUACAAGACAUACACAAGAAGCUUGGCCAUGUGGGACGAAAUCAUGUACUUUCGAAGCUACGAGAAAAGUAUUGGGUCAUCAGAGCGAACGCAACCGUGAGAAACAUACUGUCCCAUUGUGUCACCUGUCGAAGACUGAAAAUGCCUCCAUGUGAACAGAAGAUGUCCGACCUACCAUUCAGCAGAGUGAAUCCAGCGCCGCCAUUUACAUACUCAGGUGUAGAUUUCUUUGGCCCGCAUACCAUCAAAGAAGGUAGGAAACAGAUGAAACGCUAUGGAGCACUGUUCACAUGUUUAGCGAGUAGAGCCAUACACAUCGAAACGGCCAACUCUUUGGACACAGACUCAUUCAUACAUGCCUUGCGCCGCUUUAUAGCACGACGUGGACCUGUCAAAGAAAUAUGGUGUGACAAUGGCACCAACUUCAUUGGAGCUGCCAGAGAAUUGAAAGAAGCACUAGCAGAACUUGAUCAAAACAGCAUCCACUCUCACCUACUGCAAGCCAACAUCGACUGGAAGUUUAACCCGCCAUCAGCCAGUCACAUGGGUGGGGUAUGGGAACGCAUGAUAGGUUCUGUACGAAAGAUUCUAUCUCCCAUGCUGUAUGAGUUCGGAGACCGUUUGGAUGACGAAGCAUACCGUACCCUGCUAUGCGAAGUAGAAGCCAUCGUCAACUCCCGUCCACUCACCACAGUUUCCAGUGACGCCACUGACCUGAACCCCCUAACGCCAAACCAUUUGCUCAUGAUAAAAUCCAACGUUUUCAUCGCUCCACAAGAGCACUUCUUCAUCGCCAUCCCUUACUCAGCGCUCGGUGGGGUGCAGAUCGUCAACUUUGGUAUUCUCCUUGGUGCCGUCCUAUCCAAUCUUGGUUAG